AUGAAUAUGAACCAAUCCCCAAUACUUGUACACACCACUAACACCAGAUACUUCUUCUUCUAUCCCUAUGUCAUCACCAUCGCCAUCUCGGUGCUCCUACUGGUCACCCGAACGAUCCCCGCCUCGAUAAAAUACCUCGCACGACAGUCCCGAAAACGAGACCCCUCGGCUAAACCCCUUCUCGCCUCCGAAACCUUUGUGGACUCCGAUACCGACGAUAGUGAUAACCUACAGCCCGUGGCGUCGGAAACGUAUGGAGCCGUGCUUGUUAACACCCAGCAGCGUCGAUUUUCUGUGCGAGCAGACCGAGCCCGACUCUACGGAGGCCAGAACCCUUCCUCCAAGGAUGACACCUCCUACACUGUGUGCCACCGAGGAGUGUUUGGAAACCUGACUUUCGCGCUGGAGGGCGUCUGUGUCAUUGCCCAGCUGGUUCUGGCUACCCUUCCCUUCACCAUUCGAGAGCUCUACCCCGUUUACGAGGGCUACCCUUACAACGUGCUUGUCAACAUGGCCUUCUGGCUUCUGGCCGUGUCUCUGUACGCCGCUCGAGUCUGUGCCAACUGGUCCAAGUUUCUGGGAGCUCAAAAGUUGUGGCUGCACUCCACUCUGCUAUACACCGUGGCCGUCAUCAGCUCGGCCGUUUUCUUCCGAUCCGCCAUUGUCGACCCCCAGACCCCAAUGUCCAAGAACUUCUUUGUGGCCCAAUUUGCCUUCUGCUCUGUACUUUUCCUCAUUUCCAUCACAGCAACCUACGCUGAUAAGCCUAUCGUUCUGACUGCCGUCAAGGGUUUGCAGCCCUCUCCCGAGGCCAUUGCCAGCAUUUUGUCCCGAUCCACCUUCGGAUGGCUUGAUCCCAUGGUGUACGCCGGAUACAAGCGAACCCUUGAUCUCAAGGAUGUCUGGGACCUGCGAUCUGACGACCAUGCUGUGGCCAUUCUCAAGGACUUCCGAAAGCUCAAGCGAACGGCUGGACUCAUCUGGAGAUUCACCUUCUUCUUCAAGGGCUAUCUGUGGGCCUCUUCUAUGUGGGCAAUUUUCUACUCGCUGGUCACCUUCAUCCCCACUGUGCUGCUCAAGUCGCUCCUGUCGUAUGUGGAUGAUCCCUCAGGCACCCCCAAGAACGUGGCUUGGCUGUACGUCAUUGGCAUGCUGUUGGCCUCCAUUCUCAACAACGUUGGCCAGGGCCAGUGUCUUUUCAUUGGCCGACGAAUCUGCGUGCGAAUGCGAUCCGUCAUCAUUGGAGAAAUCUACUCCAAGGCCAUGCGACGAAAGGUCUCUGCUGCCGAGACUAAGGAGAAGCCCGAUGAGCCAAUCUCUGGUGAAGCCGAGGUUGACGCGCUCGCAGAAGAAAACAACGGAGAGGGACCACAGCAGGCCAACCUGGGAGCCAUUAUCAACCUGAUGGCCGUUGACGCCUUCAAGGUCUCCGAGGUUUGUGCCUACCUGCACUUCUUUGUUGCCUCCAUUGUACUCUUUGCCGUGUCCAUCUGGCUGCUGUUUGUGCUUAUUGGCUGGUCUGCUCUUGCCGGCUCGCUCGUCAUGUUGCUCUUCAUGCCUGCCAACUACCUCUUCUCUGCUCAAUUCUCUGCUGUCCAGAAAGAUCUCAUGGGUGUCACCGAUAUCCGAAUCGAGAAGACCAACGAACUGCUGCAGUCGAUUCGAAUCAUCAAGUUCUUUGCCUGGGAAGACAAGUUCAUUGACGGUGUCAAUGAGGUUCGAGAGAAGGAGCUCAAGCUGCUGCGACGACGAGCCAUCACCUGGGCUGGUGCCGGUCUCUUCUGGUACAUGGCCCCCUCCCUGGUCACCGUUGCCUCCUUUGGUGUCUACACCUCUGUGCUAGGCCACAAGCUGACCUCUCCUAUCGCCUUCACGGCCCUGUCUCUGUUCAACAUCAUGCGAAUCCCCAUGGCCCAGUUCACCGAGAUGCUUGCUGCCGUUUUGCAGUCCAAGGUGUCCAUUGACCGAGUCGAGAAGUUCCUGUCCGAAGACGAGACCUCCAAGUACGUGCAGCUAUGCAACCCCGUUCGAGGUCCCAACUCCCCCUACAUUGGUUUCGAGAACGCUACCGUUUCUUGGGGCAAGAAGGAGUCCGACUUCAAGCUGCGAGACCUCAACCUGUCCUUCAAGGUCGGCCAGCUCAACCUCGUUAUUGGUCCCACCGGCUCUGGAAAGACCUCUCUUCUGCUUGGACUGCUCGGAGAGAUGGAGCUUGAGCAGGGCCAGGUCUUCCUGCCUGGUGCUGAGCCUCGAGAACAGCUCGCCAUCGAUCCUUCCACUGGCUUCACCGAGUCUGUCGCCUAUUGCCCCCAGCAGGCUUGGUUGCUCAACGACACUGUCCGAAACAACAUUCUCUUCUCUUCUGAGUACGAGCCCACCCGAUACCAGGCGGUAGUCAAGGCAUGUGGUCUGGAGCGAGACUUCGAGAUUUUGGAGGCUGGAGAUUCCACCGAGGUCGGAGAGAAGGGUAUCACUCUGUCUGGAGGCCAGAAGCAGCGUAUCUCGCUGGCUCGAGCUCUCUACACCCGUGCUCGACACGUGAUUCUCGAUGACUGUCUUUCUGCUGUUGACUCCCACACUGCUGCCUGGAUCUACGAGCACUGCAUCACUGGUGAGUACAUGGCCAACCGAACCUGUAUUCUUGUCUCCCAUAACGUUGCUCUGACCAUCACCAACGCCGACAAGGUGAUCAUCAUUGAAAAUGGACGAAUCAAGGGCGCUGGAACUCCGCAGGAGAUGGCCGACCAGGGUCUUCUUGGAGACGACAAGCACAUUCUGUCCUCAGCAUCUGUCUCCGCUUCUAAGAACGCUUCCCACGUGAACCUUCCCGAUGCUGCUGAGGCUGCUGCCGCUGAUGCCGAAUCUGAUCUGCUGACCAAGGUUGCCUCUCGAAUCGCCGAAGAGACUCCUUCUGGAGCUGGAAAGCUCACCCAGGAGGAGGCCCGAUCCGAGGGAACCGUGCCCUGGUCCGUCUACGAGGGAUACAUGGCCAACAUGGGUGGUCUCAUUUUCUGGGGUGGUCUGACCAUUGCCUUUGUGGCCUCUCAAUCAGCUGAAAUGUACCAGUCUUUCUGGAUCCGACAGUGGGCAAUUGGUGUUGGUACCCCCGGCGACGGUGUGGAGCCCGGAACUCUUCUUUCUGUCGCCAAGGUUGUCCAGUCUUCUCCCGUUCUGCAGUCUCUCUCUGUCUUCUACCACAAUGUUACCUCCAACUUUGUCAAUGUUGAGGACGAGACCCACGCCGCUCACUCGGCUGGCUACUACCUGACCAUCUACUUUAUUCUGGCUGUUGUCUUUGUUUUCCUGUCUGUUUCCAAGGAGCUGUACAUUUUCUUUGGAGGUUUGCGGGCUUCUCGAAAGCUGUUUAACGAGCUCAUGCAGAAGGUUGUCUAUGCCAAGCUGCGAUUCUUUGACUCCACUCCAAUUGGCCGAAUCAUGAACCGAUUCUCCAAGGACGUGGAGGCUCUGGAUCAGGAAACUGCCAUGGCCGCAGGAAUGAUGGUCCAGAACUUUUUGGCUUGCCUGGCCACUGUGGUUCUUAUCACCAUGAUCACACCUUCCUUCCUGUUCUUUGGUAUCAUCAUUGCCGGCAUCUACCUGGCCAUUGGUAUCUUCUACCUGACCACAUCUCGAGAGCUCAAGCGCCUGGACUCCACCACAAAGUCUCCUAUCUACCAGCACUUUGGAGAGACUUUGGUUGGUGUGACUACCAUCCGAGCCUACGGAGAUGAGCCACGAUUUGUACGAGAUAAUCUGGAGAAGGUCGACACCAACAACCGACCUUUCUUCUACCUGUGGGUUGCCAACCGAUGGCUGUCUUUCCGAGUUGAUCUUGCUGGUGCUCUCGUCACCUUCUUCGCUGGUGCUUCCAUUCUCAUGGCCAUUGGCAAGAUUGAUUCUGGCCUCGCAGGUGUGUCUCUCACCUACGCCAUCCUCUUCUCUGAGAAUGUGCUGUGGGCUGUGCGACUCUAUGCCGUCAACGAGAUGAACAUGAACUCUGUCGAGCGAAUCCAGGAGUAUCUUGAUCUGGACCAGGAGCCCCCGGCCGUCAUUGAGGACUCUCGACCUCCUGCCAACUGGCCCUCAAAGGGAGAGAUUGAAGUCAACAACCUGUCCCUCAAAUACGCUCCUGAGGUGCCUGAUGUCAUCAAGGACGUUACUUUCCACGUCCAGCCGCAGUCCAAGGUCGGUAUUGUCGGCCGAACCGGAGCCGGUAAGUCCACCAUCAUCACCGCCUUCUUCCGACUCAUUGAGGCCCACCAGGGUAGCAUUAAGAUUGACGGCGUGGACAUUGGCAAGAUUGGUCUCAAGGACCUGCGACGAGGCCUGGCCAUUAUCCCCCAGGACCCCACUCUCUUCACGGGAACCAUCCGAACCAACCUGGACCCCUUUGACCAGUACACAGACGAACAGGUAUUUGAGGCGCUUCGACGGGUGCAUUUGAUCGAGGACUCCUCCAGCUCCGAGUCUGACGGUAGCAGCUCUUCUGCUGUCGCUACUAACGAAAACAAGAACCAGUUCAAGGACUUGUCUUCUGCUGUCACUGAGUCUGGAUCCAACCUGUCUCAGGGUCAGCGACAGCUCAUGUGUCUAGCUCGAUCGCUUCUCAAGAGCCCCAAGGUUAUUCUUCUGGACGAGGCUACUGCAUCCAUCGACUACGAGACGGACGCCAAGAUCCAGAAGACCAUCCGAUCGGAGCUCAACGACACCACCAUUCUCACCAUUGCCCACCGUCUCCGAUCCAUUAUCGACUAUGAUCAGAUUCUGGUUCUGGACGCUGGCGAGGUCCGAGAAUAUGCUCCUCCCCACGAGCUUUUGCAGGACAAGGACGGAGUCUUCUACUCUCUGUGUGCCGACUCUGGCGAGUUUGAGGCUCUCAUUGACUUGGCUAAGGAAGCCUACGAAAAAGCAUAG